CCCCCCCCCGCGUAGCCUCGUAGGCCCAUUCCGGACCACGCCGCUCCAAAGUCCAAACCCUAGCUCAGCCUCACCCAUGGUGGAAGACGCACCCAACGCCCUCGCCUCCGUGGCCGACCACCCCCACCCCGCCCCACCGUCCCGCCUUGUCUCCAAGCACCGCCCGCGCCGCCGCGCCGCGGCCUCUCGCCCGCCCCUGCCGCCCCCGGCGCCCGCGCUCAGCCUGCCCGACCUCACCCAGUGCCACUGCUGCGGCGUCCGUUUCCCGACGCCGCAGCCGGGGGCCAAGCCCAAGCGCCGCCCGGUCCGCCCGCUCAGCUCCCUGUGGCGCGUCGUCCUCCUCUGCGCGGAAUGCCUCUCCCUCGUCAGCUCCGCGGCCGUCUGCUCCUACUGCCUCUCCCUCGACAACCUCCCGCCCGAGGACUCCGCCGUCUCUUGUCGCCGGUGCAGGCGCUUCGUCCACCAAUCCUGCAUCCCAGCCGAACACCGCGCGGCCCUGAUCCAGCCCGUCGACGUGGAGGAUUUCCUCUGCGUCGAUUGCUGCCCCACCGUGAGACCGAAGGUCGGGGGCUUCAAUUUGGGGAUGAAUCUGGAGGCUUACCCCAGGGAUCCUACCUCCGUGGCUGGGGGCGACGCUCUGAGGAAGGUUGUAGAGGUGAAGUCGCCUUCCAAGCGGGGUAAGGAAGCUGUUGGCACUGAUGGGUUCGGGGGGCGGGGCAGUGAUGAUCCGGUGCUGCUGGAUGAGGAGUUAGCUUUGCAGCUGCAUCUGGCGAUGAAUGGAUCACAGAGGAUUUCACGGUCAGGGAACUCAUCUACUGGUGCCUCUGUCGAGCCUGGCAAGGGGAAUAAUGGUGUGGUUGCUGGAAGGAUUGACAAUGGAAAUCAGGAGAUUUGUAUAACCAAUAUGAUGGCUCAGCUUGAUGACGAAGCAGAGCCAGGUCGCAACAGGGUUUUAAAGCGUUUUAGGAGAUCUGAUUCCUUUGUCACAGUGGUUCUUGCACUAGAAUGUGUGAAAGGUAAACACACAGCUAAAAGAAAAGGUCCUCCUGUGACUCUACAGCAGAAUGGUUUGGUCAAUCCUUAUAAGAAGAAGUAUAGCAAAAGGAGCUCAAUUAAGCAAGCAAAAGUUGAAUAUAUUGCAAGCAGGACCAUGUGUGAUGGGAACGACAUAGAUGGUGAUCAUGGUGAUAAUGGUGUUGCUCCUAUGAAAUAGACUGCUUGUGCCAUCUGGAGGUAUUAAAUGGGCAGGAAUGUGCACAGUCCGUUACUUUCAUGGCAAAAUAUAUGAAUGGGUUGGACUGAGCCGCCAACGAAGCAUCAUGGGUAAGAGCAAGCUGAUGAAGAAGAUUGAAGCCUUUUGUUGGCACUCUAUGCAUAGUGGAGCUACUUAUAUGCAUGAUUUGAGCUCUCUUUUCUCCUUUCAUGUUAGAUAUAGCACUGGCAAUUCUUCGGAAAAAAGGCUAUGUUUUGCACACCUGCCUGCCGGUUUGACGACCCAAUGCGUACCAGCUGAUCAUCUACUGGAGCUCGAUUGGGAUUGCGCUUGUGAUUUGGUCCGAGUCUCCGAGAUAAGCAUAAGAUUUGAUUUGUUCGAUAGGCAUCAAGUACCUUAUCCUGGACCAUUUCAAACUAGAAUUUUAAGAUAUACAACUGCUGUACAAUAUUAAAUAUUUUGCCAUGUAAUUUACAUAACAUAUUGGGGAUGCCCCAUUUUAUACUGUUCCUGACAGGAAUUUGGUUUGUCACAAAACUUCA